GGGGGGGGGGGGGUCUCAGAUAGGGAGAAUGGGCAGGGCACAUUUCUCCCUCUGUACAAAGCGCUCGGUGCCUGCCUGCCUGAAGCAGUUAAAUGGGGCAGAGUUAGAGCCCGGCUGGCAGAUCGCUGCCCUGUGAUAUGCCAGCCACAGGGUGACGCAAGGGCUGGAAGGCUCCAGCUAAACAAGCCAUUUUCACCUGCGUAAUCAACGCUAGCGGAGCUUCAGCAGCCGCCGCUCUGAGCUACCCGCAGCCGCCCGGACUCCGAGCGGCCAGCGCCUCCUCCCGCUGCCUUGAGAGUCAGAGCCGGGAAGCCAGCAUGUCUGCGCCGCCGGAUCGCCGGGAGCUGCCGCUGUCUGGCUCCGGGGCGCACGGGGCUGGGGCCGGGGCGGAGGAGCGCGCAGCUGGGGCGCAGCGGAGGGAUGGAGACGGGGCGCAGCAGCUGCCGGCCGGCUCCCCCAGGGAACACCCGCCCGUUGCCACGGCGACUGCAUCCACAGGUGAUGCAGAGGCCUCUCACCUCUUUGAUUACAGUUCCACUAAAACAUCUAAAGGAGGAGACCGGUCCUUUUACACAUCUCUGAUAUCAGAUGACCGUUACACCUCUCCACCAGAUUCCACCUACUUCUCGGGAAUACUGCAAAAAGAGAACAGCCAUGUUACUUGUUCAGACAGCACAGAAGGAUUUAACACGCUAGGGCACUCUAUUCAAGAUGUGAUGGGAUUUGAGUCCCGUGGGUUGUUUAGCUCAGAUUCAGGAAUAGAGAUGACUCCUGCAGAAUCCACUGAUGUCAAUAAAACCUUAGCAGAUCCCAUGAAAGUCGAAGCUUAUAAAUACAUGGACAUAAGUAGAUCAGAAGAGGUAAAAUACCAAGAAAGAUGCAACACAAGCUUAGAAGACAAGAAUACAAGCUUUAUCGAUAAGUGCCCUGAAACAGCAGCCAAGUUAGAGCAUAUUUCUGGAUCAAAGAAACCGGCUUUUGAGGAGACAAAAGUGGCCAAGGGACAAAACUUUUCUGAAGAAUCAACUGUUCCAUCCUAUGCAGAGGAAAUAUUUGGUGACCAACACAGUGCCUCAUUGAUUACAGCACCGGUCAAGAUUACACUCACUGAGACAGAAAGCGUAGGGGAACCUGCAAACAAAGAGUUACCUCCAAAUAAGCAAGAAACAGGGCUGAAACCAAGCCAUGAAGUGGUUCCAACAGUGACUGUGUCAGAGCCAGAAGAUGACAGCCCAGGUUCUCUCACACCACCGUCUUCUGGCACAGAACCAUCUGGCUCAGAAUCUCAAGGUAAAUACAGCCUGUCAGAGGAUGAGCUUAUCAGUGCCAUUAAAGAAGCAAAGGGCUUUUCCUUUGAAACCUCUGAAGUCCAGCGUUCACCAGGACUUUACACAGAAAAACAAGAUCAGAAAAGCAAGCCAGGGCGUCCAGCUGUUUCAUCCCCCUUAGAUAACGAAGCCAGCAGUGCUGAGUCCGGCGACUCUGAGAUAGAGCUGGUCUCAGAAGACCCGCUAGCUGCUGAAGAGGUGCUACACUCCAGCUACAUGACCUUCAGUCAUAUCGGAGGACCUCCCCCUUCGCCUGCUUCUCCUUCAAUACAGUACAGCAUCCUGAGGGAAGAGCGUGAAGCUGAACUCGACAGCGAACUGAUUAUCGAGUCAUGCGAUGCCUCUUCAGCUUCCGAAGAAAGUCCCAAGAGGGAGCAAGAUUCUCCUCUCAUGAAACCAAUAAUCAUGGACAUAAUCCAGGAAGAGAGUGGUUCAAGACCUGAUGCUUCCGACUUUGAAGUAAGUAAGACAACAGAGAGUAGGAUGAACAGGGAAAAUCUAGCUGAGUCUGCUUCCUAUCUGAAAUGCUCUUUUGUUGCACCCAAAGUAAGUGUGGAGCCACCAACCUCUGCCACCAGUACCGAAGAACUAAAAGAAAAAAUAAUUCAGAAGAAGCCACUUGAAGCAACAGUUGUUAACCAAAGUAAACUGCCUUCCAAGGACUCUGGGAAAAGAAGUCCCUUGGCUUCCCCCUCGCUGCCGUUUUUAAAUAAGCAAAAAGCUAUUGACCUGUUGUACUGGCGUGACAUCAAGCAGACUGGGAUAGUGUUCGGAAGCAUCCUGCUACUGCUCUUCUCUCUGACCCAGUUCAGUGUGGUCAGUGUUAUUGCCUACCUGGCACUAGCUGCUCUCUCAGCCACCAUUAGCUUCAGAAUCUACAAGUCAGUUUUACAGGCCGUGCAGAAGACUGAUGAAGGCCAUCCAUUCAAAGCCUACCUGGAGAUGGAAAUGUCUCUAUCACAGGACCAGAUUCAGAAAUACACAGACUGUCUCCAGUUGUACGUGAACAGCACAGUCAGAGAGCUGAGGAGACUCUUCCUUGUCCAGGACUUGGUGGAUUCCUUAAAAUUUGCAGUACUAAUGUGGCUGCUGACUUACGUUGGAGCUCUCUUCAAUGGCCUGACUCUUAUGAUCAUGGCUGUGGUCUCUAUGUUUACUCUACCUGUUGUAUACGACAAGUAUCAGGCACAGAUUGAUCAAUACUUGGGACUUGUGAGGACCCACAUAAACACUGUCAUGGCAAAGAUUCAGGCGAAAAUCCCAGGCGCUAAGAGAAAGGCAGAGUAAAGCAGACCUCAAGAAUCCAUCAACAACAGUAGUGAAUAAUGGGGGAGUCUGGAGUGCAAACAGCUCUGCUUUUACACUUUAUUGCAAAUUUAUUGUUCCUUUUUUUUUCUCAACACCAUGUUCUUAAAACACAAAAGCAGCUCUUUUUCCUUGCUGCUUGUGUACUCUUAGAAUAUUUGCAAUCACUUGUGUCAAGCACUAAAGUAUAGUAAAGAGAAAAGUGUACUAGAUGUGGUUUUUGUGUUGCUUAUAAAGUGCAUGAUGGUGAGAGCCUAAAUAAUAUUGAUUUUUUUAAGUGUUUUUUCUUCUAUUGGCAUUGCUUCUAUAACUUUAAUGUUACAUGUGGCUAGGGCUUUCCUGCUUAGUGCACUGAUGCAAUAGUUAAAAUUGCUUCUAUGUCACUGGGUCGCUGGUUGGGUUCAUCUUUAUUAACUAUAUAGAAUUGUGGGCUAAUGUUUUAGUGUUUUCCAGCACAAAUGGAAUAAACAGUAAUCAGUACUUAUAGUAAUCAGUUUUGUAUAACUAAAAAACAAAACAAAAACCCAGUACUUUUGUUGUAAGGGAUUGAUGGGCUGAUUUACAUGUAUGGUAACUGGAGAGUUCCAGCUUGUUAAAUUUAUUACACUUUGUAUUACAUUCUCUGUAGUUCCUAAUGGACUUACUUAUGGACUCUGAAUAUUUGCACUUAUGUACUUGAUACCGAAUGCAGAAAUAAAUGUUACUAAACGUACAAAGUUCUCCCUCUUGUUGCCAUUGGGGUCACAUUAGAAUUUGUAAAAUCAAUACUCCAUCUGCAAAAAGCAUGAAGGGCUUGUUUGUUGGUCUCUGGGAGCUAUUUAUGCCUAUUCCAUGCAGUUUUGCCACUACAAAAUUGUUCAAUCCCAAAAGAUUGUCUGUACUUAGUUCAUUUAGCAGUUUCACAUCCUGAUGAGUAAAGAAUGGAAAUAAAGCAAACUUCCUAGUGCCAAAA